AUGGCACCUAUAGACGGAGCAGAAGUCGCAAAGCACAAUAACAAGAAAUCGAGCUGGAUAGUACUAGACUCGAAAGUGUACGACAUCACGUCGUUUCUCUCGGAGCAUCCGGGGGGUGCUGCGAUCUUGCUAAAGCAAGCCGGUUCAGAUGCAACAACUGAGUUCAAAAAGUACCAUCCCUUGGACUAUGUCAACGAUCUUCCAGCAGGCAGCGACCUGGGACCUGUUGACUCAAAUACUCUAGCACAAUUGAGAGUACCGAAAGAGGUAGAAGCCAAGCCUGCUUCCUCGACAGGCGAUAAAAUACCCCAUGUUUCCAUGAUCAUUUCCGCCCCGGAUUUCGAACGUGUGGCAAAAUCUGUCCUCCCACAUAAAGCAUGGGUAUAUGCCUCGAGCUCUGCAAACACAGGCCUGUCUCUGAAAACCAACCUCAGCGACUGGUCACGUAUCAACUUUCGGCCUCGUGUCCUAAGAAAUGUUGGUGACGUGGAUACACGACGCUCGAUUCUCGGCCAACGCUCACAAUAUCCGUUCUACAUCUCACCCAUGGGGACCCUAGGCGUUAUUCACCCCGAAGCGGAACCGGAAAUGGUAAGAGGAGCGGUGCGCAAGGGAAUCCAUAUGGUCGUCAGCACGGCAUCUACAAAGCCCACAGUGCAGAUUAUGCAAACUUAUGUGGACGAAGAGAAGAGAGUGAAGGGUGCUAGUCCCUCAAAACUCUUUUUUCAAUUUUAUAUGCCAAUCAACAGGAAUAAGGCCUAUGCAUUGUUAGGAGUUGUAAAGAAAGCCGGAUACAAGGGACUUUGGAUUACUGUCGACACACCCGUUCUCGGAAAACGCACGGCGGAUCGUGUACUUCAGGCAGAGGAAGCUUUAGCGGUUGGUGUGGAAGAAGACUCUACAGCGAAAUGGGAAGCUGGGAACGAAAAUACUUUUGCACCCGCUAUUGGUGGAAGAGUGGCGACGGGCCAGUUAAGUCCACAUACCACAUGGGAAGAUUUGUUAUGGAUUCGGAAAGAGUGGAACGGACCAAUUGUAUUAAAAGGUAUUCAAUGCGCCGAAGAUGCCAAGCUUGCGUUAGAAUAUGGGUGUCAAGGAAUCCUCCUUAGCAAUCACGGAGGGAGGCAAGCACAUUCUGCUCCAAGUUCACUACUAACAUUACUCGAAAUCCGUACAUAUUGUCCCGAAGUUAUAGAAAAACUGGAAAUCUAUCUAGAUGGUGGUCUUCGAGACGGCGCCGAUGUCCUGAAGGCGCUCUGUCUUGGAGCUACAGCAGUCGGUGUUGGGCGGCCAUACCUGUAUGCUUUAGCUGCAUAUGGGUCGCAGGGCGUUGAGAGAUGCACAGAUGUGCUCUCUGAGGAGUUGGCAACAGGGAUGAGGCUUCUUGGAGUCACGUCGCUGGAUCAACUUCGACCGGAAAUGGUAAAUAUGACGCCACUUCUGAAUGAGAUGUGGCGCCCUGAUCCUAUACUCUUACGAAGUCGCUUGUAGUAUAUAUGCUUUUAUCCGAA